AAGGUUACACGGAGAGGGAGAGGAAGCGCAUCAUUCUCCCAGUCACAAUUGGCCGCGGAAGUCCUACAUCCCACCAUUAACUGUAAGGGGCGAUGGGUACUGCGAGUGUGACCUUGGCCGCCAGCAAUCCUCGGGAGGGUGUGGGUGUGAGCAGUGACGCAGGAAAGCAUCAGGCAGUGGACGCGCGGCGAACCAUCCAACGAUGGUAACCAAGAACAGUGAGGAGGAGGGCGGCAGGCAGGGCCGUGCCAGUGGUCAGGUUGUCCUCAGUUUGGUUAGCCUCACCCUGGCCAAGGUCCAGCGCAUGCUCACCUCCGCUGUCAAAAGCAGUACGUGGCCCAAAAACAGACAGACACUCACGCACGCCGUCGACACUCACGUCCCUCACCACCUCAGACAAGAAUUGCAGAACAAAGUGCUGCAGGACUGGCGUCUGUACGACACCAUCUCUCUGCGGCUCCUAGAGUUAAUCCUCUCCCCGGCCACCUCCUCUCUACGGCUGGCGCACGUCAGGGUCUUCUUCCGCGAUGCCUUCCUCGGUCUCCUGCAUCGCCUCACUGGCCUUCAGGAGUUGACCUUAAAGGACUCAGUGUGGACGCUGAGCAGGCCACAGGUGAGCGUGAUGUCCGAUGCCUUGAGCAAGAUGACGAACUUACGGGUCCUUGUCCUCCACUACUGUGGUCACAACCUCCUGCUGGCCGCCGCCGCCUCCCACUGCCCCCACCUACAGGUGGUGAGCGUGCGAGGGUCACGUGCGGUGGAUGACUCCGGGGUGUGGAGCCUGGUGACCGCCCCCACGAGCCGCCCCGCCCCUGCACACCACGCCCGUAAGAAGAGCAGCAUCAUCUCCAGCUGGUACAGUGUUGUCAAGUCCCUUACCUCCGUAACAGCCGCCAUGGAGGUGUGUGGCAAACAGCAGAAGGACGUAGAUUCUGACGAGGAGUUCCAAAACCUGCCUGUGUACCCAGACAACACCCGCACCAGAACAACGAGCUUACCCAUGAGUCCCUGCUGUGCCUCCCUCACCUUCGUCGACCUCAGGUGCACCAGCGUAACAUCUGCGGGCGUUUACCUCCUGACCCAGGCGCUCCAGCCGCACGCCCACCUUGUCUACGACACCUACCACGACUGACGAAGGGAAAACGUAGAUCAUAAGUCGCUUGUUUAUUGUUGUUGUUUUUUAUACACGCAAACAUGUCCGUCCUUGCCAUAUUUGUGUGUGUGUGUGUGUGUGUGUGUGUGUGUGUCAUAAGGCUAAAUGAUUCAAGUCUUUGUCCUCCGUCAGUUUCGAACCUCUGCUAUGAACAACAUAUCCAUUUCCUCGUCCAGCGCCAUAUUUUCACCAUUUCCUCACUAUAUCCUUCCCUCUCCCCCUAUCACGCAACUUGCCUCAUCACGAUACGCCCAUGACACACCGCCAUUCCAAAGCAGAGGUAAUCACGUCGUUACUUCUUUCGCGUCUCGUUUCGUCAUAUAGAUAACUUACUAUAAAAAUUUAAUCUUAAGGGCAAUAAAGUUAAUUCUCAUC